GUAGAGGAGGCAGUUAAGGAAUGGGAGAGAUAUUCUUGGGCGCCGAGACCCUUUCACAAUUUCCGAUCGAAAAUUCGAACACAUGUUUAGGUUGACCACAGAUUUGGUGUAUGAAUUGCUGGAGAUAUUGACUCCAUUCAUACAACCACCCCGUCGAGCUUCUGCACUUUCGAUCACAACAAAUAUUUUAUGCUGGUGGCAGCCAUCAAAAGAUCACUGGCUCCAACCAUUUUGUUGGGAUUAGCAAGGCAUCGAUGAAUAGAGCAAUAAAGGAGGUAACGGAGGCAUUAAAUCAACCACAAAUUCUUGCAACCAAAGUAAGCUUUCUCAGAGAUCCAGAGGAACAAGAUGUUCUGCGUAGAAGGUUUUAUAGUAUUCAUAACUUCGCAGGAAUAUUGGGUAUCAUAGACUGUACUACACAUGAGGCAAUUGUGUCACCCAGAAAUAAUGACCCAUUAUACCCUGAACAUGUAUACGUCAAUAGGAAAAAUUACCAUUCACUGAAUGUUCAGCUAGUAAGUACAUAAACUACUAAGAUAUUUAGGUUUACU